UCUACUUUUGAAAAGAUGAAAUCCUUUGGCUCGGCUGCAAAGCAUGUGAUCCGGUGCAAAAAGAUCCACAGAGCGAACCCACACAUACAGAAAGCCGUGCUUGGGCAAAGCGCCUUCCCCCUCUUCUCCUGCCCCAAGAAGAAAGAAUGAAGCAAGUGCCCGCAAGGAUCAUUCUUUGCCUUCUUUUUUUUUUCCCCUUCCACAACAGAAAAAAGGGAGAAAAGGAGUUUUCUAGAAGCCUCAAAAAACCAUGACAGCAACGAUUCGUGAUGCAGCAAUAAAGCUCUUCCUGGAACCUAACCCGUCUGGUGAGGAAUUAUUUCCUGAAUGCUCCCAUACAAGGAACUGUGUGGGAAAGAUGGAGAAAUAAGCAUGCCAGCCACAGAACAACGCAGAACCCUGCUUCUCCGUGUGGGUUAGGUCUCUAGCCAUCAUUAUUUCGCGGGGUGGGAGACACCGGUGCAGCCUGAAAGACUAAAUGAAGGCAGAGAGAGGUGGCCGUCGCUACUGCCCUUGAAGCGGGCAACACGGUCCCCGGGUGGUUUCGCUUCCCCAAGCCCAUCGCCGCCGCCGCCGCAGCUCCGGGUCAAGCGGGCACCGGCGAGGGGCGACGCCACAAGGCGCCGAGGCGACAGAGGCGCGAAGCAAAACCCCGCGCAGGGGGCGCCCUCCUUCCGGCUCUCCGCGAGGGCGACGCUGGACCACCACUUUCUCUCCUGAAGGAAGACAUGGAAGCAUCCAGACCUUGAGAAGAGGGGACGCCGCCUAGGCAGCCAGCGCCGCGCCCCCCCCCCUUUGCACACAACAGGGGUCCACACAGACCCUGCCCUCCUUCCCGGAGCCACCCGCCAUGUCUGCUUACCUUAACGAACAAAGCAGCAGGUGGAAAGAACGAGGUGCCAGAGAGCAAACAGCCUAAAGUGUUAAGCACAUAAAAUAUGUACAGCAGCCAAAGAACCUCAAGGAGUAUCUACUCAGCAGAAGAAUCUAAUGAAGCAGGCAAUGAUUUAGACUCUGACACUCAACAUCUUUUAGAGAAAGUGUCUCAAGGACAAAGAACAUCUUGCACCUGUACAGACAAUCACCCUCUCUUCCUUCAUGAACGGGAAAAUCCACAGUUUCCGUGCCCACCAAAAAAAAGUAUCAUCAGACUCAUCUUUAAUUUGAUAGUGCUCAGCCUAAUAACCCCAUUUUGCUUAGUGAAAAAACACUGCAGCACUUUAUCAAGUGGGAGCUGUGCUCAGAAAAUUGUCUUUUGGAUGACCUUGUUCCUGUUAUUUUUGGGUGCUACCUACAUGGGACUGUUUGAUGGAAGUAAACAGCUAUUUGGGGAAGAAUGGGAAGACUUCUCCAUUUGUGAUCUCAUCCAGAAUGAAGCCAAAGAUCUGAGGUCUCUAAAACAUGCUUAUCACAUUUUGGAAAGAAAAGGACUUGAAAUUCCACCUCUGAAAGAGCAAGUGGAGAACCUAAAAUCCCAGCUUGAUGUUCUGAGCUCAAACAGGAAGGACAUUGCUCUUCAAGCUGUCAGGGAAGUACUGGAGCGAUAUACCAGCAAAGGCAUUACAACAUGGAGUGUUGAAAAGAUGCUCAAAAAAUUUAUGGAAAAGCUGGAUGAAGAUUACGUUCAAAUGCCCGAUUAUGCACUCAAGUCAGCAGGUAUUAGUGGUUCAGGUGCCAGUAUUGUUGAGUCGAAAACUACCAGGAGCUACCGCCAUGAUGGAGGGAAAUAUCUGUGGAUGUCAUUCAUUGUGCUGCCUUAUGUCAAGCCUCCAGAUGUGAUUCUUGAGCCUAAUGUACACCCCGGAAACUGCUGGUCAUUCCCUGGGAAGCAAGGUGAAACUGUUGUAAGGCUAGCCAAGAAAAUUAUUCCAAGAGCAGUUACAAUUGAGCAUAUUUCUAAGAAAGUCUCGCCCACAGGAGAGAUCUCCAGUGCACCCAAAGACUUUGUCAUUUAUGGACUAAACAAAGAAGAAGAGGAAGAGGGAUCAUUUUUGGGCCAGUUUGUUUAUAACACUGAAGGAGAAAUAAUUCAAACAUUCAGACUGAGGAAUGAAUCUUCUGAAUUUAUGAGCCAUGUGAAACUGAAAGUUCUAGACAACUGGGGCCAUCCCAACUAUACUUGCAUUUAUCACUUUAGGGUCCACGGAGAUUUAGAAUAUAGUUAGGUAUUCUGUGAAUGGUGUACGCAUCAGGUCACAACAACACAAUGCAAGGCUAAUGUGAGUUUGCUGUGCAUCUACUUCUAUUAAAAACUGGAAGAACAACAGUGGAAAGUGUGU